AACCUUUCUUCGCAGUUCGCACUCGUUCGUCCACAUAGAGUAAUAACUCUAUGUUCGUCCACAUUGAUAUCUCUCCUCAGUCCUCAGUCCCCGGCUCGCCGCAGGCCAAGUGGUGUCAGAUAACGCAUUGUUUAACUGUUCGUCAACCCAACAAUCUACGAUGGCGUAUGCACAGGCGAAUAAAAAGGCAGCGACUGUCGCAGUGGAGCUGCCAGAAUGUCCCGUGUGCCUGGACACCAUGUCUGCGCCGAUAUACCAGUGCCAAUCUGGGCACAGCCUGUGCAACACUUGCACCAACAACCUGUGCCCGCCGACCUGCCCCAUCUGCCGGCAGCCGAUGACCCAGAUGAGGAACUGGCAGCUAGAGGAAAUUGUUGCUAAGGCCAAGGUGCCAUGUCCUAACAAGUCUGAAGGAUGCGUUUACACGUUGAUGGCCCAAGACAUGGAGGACCAUCUAAAGGAAUGCAUAUUUCGAGUGAUGGACUGUCCACUUGGUGCAGUUUUUGGGCGGUGCUCAUGGAAUGGUAAACUGAAGGAGAUGAUGGAUCACUUUAAGGAACGCCACGCAACACACUGCAACGUCACCAGCGAUGCUGAAAUAGAACUGGUUAAUAUAGAUGCCAAUGAAGACGAGCGUUUUGUCUAUUUGUUUGCACAAGGCAAAAUGCUCUUUAUAAUCACAAUGAAGAUUGAUACUCUUCAAAAAAUGGCUUACUGGACAGUUCAGCAUAUUGGAGGAAAAAAUACCGCCAGGCAACAUAUUUAUGAAAUUCAUGUAACGAGCAAAAAAGACAAUAGGCGAAAGGUCGUUUUUAUUGAACAUUGUUUUAAUGAUGCUAUAAAAGCAGAUGAGAUAUUCAGACAAGCCAAAUGUGCUGUCUUGCCGCUAGAUGCCUUUAGACACUUCAUUAACAACAAAAAAGCAUCCUUCAGGUUCUUUGUGAAACGAAUUCCCCCGGUCAAUAAGAAUGCAAAUAACGACAAAACAGAAAACAAAGAUUCUGCUAAGAAGCCGGGUCCGAAAAAUCCGGGACCUUUUGCACCAAACCCUAAAGGCCCCGGCCAUAAGGGGCCAGGACCUAAUAAAGGACCUGGACCUAAUAAGGGACCUGGACCUAAUAAAGGACCAAAACCCAAUAAAACUCAGGCCUAACGUUAAAUAGUUGUAUUGAGUUCGAUAUUUUAGAAUUAGUUACGUAUAUUCAUGUAACUACUUCACAUGAUUGAAAUAUUAAUUGAAUUACUUAUCUAACUGCGGUCUUUAUGAACAAGAAUCACAAUACAUCUUGUUUUGACUGGUGUCAUUCAAUUCAACAACAUUCGUGUUUAAUCUGAGAUGAGACCUAAGAAGCGAUGGUUCUGACUUGGUGGUGUUUAGGUACAUUUACCCUAGUGAUGUCCAUGUCGUCGUCGGUCAGCUAUUAGUAAAUAAUUCGCACAGUAUGAGACUGUUUGAAAGUUUAAGUUAAAAUAAGCGGCAUAAUAUUCCUGAUUAUGUACAAUACAAUACACAGGUUAUUGAAUUUCCCUCAAAGUUUAUAUGCAUUUGGAAAUUCGUCAUUUUUGUUGGUCAUUCCGUUAUAGGUGACUGACAACGGAUUUAAUGUCGAGGCCAACAUUUGACUCGAGGUACGAAUCCGGAAAAACAACCCUAUCGUGCUAAAGGCAAUUCGCUACGCCCGCGCCCGAAGCACGGAUCUUGAGAUCCUGAGUACAUGUACAAAAAAUGAAUGUUAUAGCCAUUAUUAUAAACUUAACACAAACAGAUUAUACUUUUGCAUAAUUAU